CUCGUAAUUCAUUUUCUUAAACCUCCAGACCCAGAUCCAGGCCCGCCCGCAUCAUAGUGGAACAUGACGAUAUUUCCCUUUAUCGACUUCCCUACGAUCAGCUAGCUCUCACCUGUCGGCAAAGUCGUGUGACCACGCUGUCCGGGCGAGAACUUAUACCUACAAUAUCCACCUGGUCGAGUCAUGCCCACACCUAGUAGAUCAAUCCGUGGAUGUCUUUGCUUGGGCAAGAGCAACUCCAAUGCCUUCAGAACACUAGGUGGUUAUCACAGAAAACAUGUUGUGCCAGUGACAACACGAGGCUUCUCCCAGGGGGCGAUUAUUUGCCAAGAUGAUAUAGCUUCUUCUACCACCAGAGGAACGCCGCCAGGCCGGUUGUCAAAAGAGGAGUUCAACAGACAGAAGGCCCAUGGGGAAAGGCUUCGAAAUAAAGACCAACUGGCCGUGGGUAUGACCUGGCUGGCAGAACAUCCCUCCCUUGUGAGGCCCCAAGAUAUAUUGCCGCAUGUCGAACAAUACUGCUACAAUCAACAUAGGCUCAUUAAAACCAUCGUACUCUUGGCCACUCCGUCUUUUGCGCGUUUUCUGGAUCCUGAUACUUUUCUCAAGCCUCUCCUCGAGAAGUUGUUUGGGAACGUAACAGCUACUACAGGCGAAGAAUUGCGAAUUAUUGUCAAUACUGCCGCUGCUGUGGUCGAUGCCAUUCCCGUGCCUCGGAGCAGGGAUAUCCACCCUGAGUCUCAGAUCGCACAAGGCCUGGCACUGCUGAUGACAGGCGACAUGUUCGCUUCUGCAAGAGACGCCUCCGCCAACGAAGGAAAUGACCAUCCAGCCAUAAUCGAAUUUGUCUCUCGAGACAGUAAAAGUUACCUGACGAUAUCAUCGAGAAAUACCAGCCGCCAUAUCAGUCUCCAAGUUGCGAACACGUUGUUCCUGAACGGCCAGAGGGACACAAUGCUACAUCAUGUCUGGGACAUAUAUCUCGGGGACUCAGGACCAAAGAUACAACGUGACGACACCAGUCGUGCUCGGUAUCUCAGGGUACCACUUACCUGUUCCCCGGACUCAUUUCUCCAUGGUCACGUUCCACUUCGGGGCUUAACACCUGAGCGGGUGAUCUCCAGGUGCAUGGGUAACGUCCUGGCAGAGAUUGAAAUUGACGGAAAGUCGGUCCCAGCCUCGCAAGAGCUUGAAGAAGCCGUCACAAAGCACGUAGCCUCGGAGCCCGGUGGUGGACCUGUUCUGGUCUAUGCCUUGAUCCGCCCGCCCGGUAUGCGGCCAGCAACCGAGCAAGCAAAGCGCGACGCGGGGGUGAAGUCGAUCUCCGCCGUCCUUUCUGAGAUCUGGCGAGGUGCAAGGCUGCAUAAGGUGACUGGCGGCGGAGGAGGUUGGGGCAAGAAAAAAGGGCUCCUAUCACUGGACACAGCGGUCGAUUUAAAGGCAGGUGAGGCAAAAACCAUGCUAUUCCCCGACCUUGAUGAUGAUGACUCGACGCCCUUCGAAAUGAAGUCUCAAGCUAUGAUACCGGAGGGGAGCACUAUCGAAUUUCUUCUUCACAUAAAGGAGGAGAUACGUCAGACCGAAGCCCACUUCUCGAAUCCAGAAGAUCCUCCACCUUGGGACCGAAUCUCGAAACGGAAAUGGGUCUUUGGUACAGCGUCUCCUGCAGAACACCCAAAGCUCCGUGCGGCAAAGGAUUUCAACCGUGACGACUUCUCUGGGGUCAUGUUCCUGCCCGACUUCUUUGGUAUGGUGUCUUACGGCAAUGUGGCUUUGGGGUCAGAUGAGACACCAGGCCGGGUCGAAUGGUAUGUCCCAGAUAGCCCGCCGCUUAAGGUUUUCAGAACCCGCCUGGAUGUGCCUGAUUCACGUCUCAUCAUGAAGUCUCGGGCGAGUCCUGCCAAAGAACUUUUGCCGUCCGCAAAGUCUCUUCUUGAUAAUGGCGACUUGCGGAAGGCCGUGAACCGGCGGGGCACAAAUGCUUGACCGUAUCGUGAGGAUGCUGUCGAUGGCACUUGUCGGUCCUCGUACAACGUCCUUCACACCAGGGAUGACAGUCUGACAGUGGAUGGACUUACAAAUCAGUCUUCGAAAUUGAGUGGCCGGCAUCGGUGGAAAGGAUCCCCUUCUGCCAUCUCAACGAGCCAAGUAUUCUUCUGGAGAGGCACAACUGCUGAAUUGCGAGCGUACUUGGCUGGACGGUAUCACUUUCAUGGACCAGGCUGUCCUACCUCGUAGUCGGGCGACGACGACUCGAGGGGAGCGGACAGUCAGUUACUAGUCAGCGAACGGGCAAUGGGACGAUAGAGACGAUGUUUGCAAAGCACGUCCAACCAUUGAGAGGCUCCUUACUAUGCACGUAGACUAGAGCAGGGAAUAUCUUCUUCGUCGGAGGUUUGGCGUUUUGUACAAAUAUCAGCCAGCGAUUACCACGG